UCGUAUUUCUUCCUUCUCCUUCGCUUCUCCCGUACAUUCAUUACUUUUGCGACCUGCGCCGUUAGGUCUUCGUGCCUUCGUGCGUUUGUUUUAUACUUAUUGCCUUUUAGUACAUAUUUCGCAUCGAGUCUUUUUAGCCUGCCCGCCUUGUUCAUAGAUUUUGCCACGCGUCUCCGUAUCGGUCACUAUACUUCCCCCCCGCCGCCGCCGCCAGAUUGCGCUGCCCUGACCCUCCUCCAUGGGAUUUUUCGACCACCUCCAGAAGGGAGGAGCGUUCUCGUUACAACCGAAGAAACCUCAGAUUCGCAAAGUCGUUCAAACGCGCCCUGCCCCUCCGUCGAGAUCCACCUCCCUCACUCCCGCCAGUUCGUCGCGAAUCUCACCGGUCGAGAAAUCGAGAAAAGCACGCACUUCCGAGAGCAGGUCAGUAUCGAGGGACCCCGAUCUUGCCUCGAAACGACGGGUUGGGACUCCCCGACAAAUCCGCAAGCGACCAACGCCAGAGCAACGACUGUCCAGCGAUGAGGAUGAGAGCGACACCGACGCCUCUUUCGAGGUGCGCAAACGUGCCCGUACAGGUGACAGCGCGGAGCCAGACUUCGAGAGGCGAGUGCGCUCGUUAAAAGCAUUUUCUGAGGAUCAUGUGAAGUCGCUGCCUAUGGUCCACGCGGCGGACAUCACCUCGAUCCAGAAGGCGGGGAAUUUUAAGCCGGCUUUUGGCGAGAAAGUCCAGUCUACGGAGAUUUCACUACAAUAUCCUAGUGCAUCUCCUAAAGAAAGAUACAACCUCGUGGUACCUCGCGACAACGAUGACUUCAAGCCCAUCGACGAUAUAUUCUCGGUUGUCGAUAUCGUGUCCCAGACCCAUAUUCCCGAAGAUGAAGCGGACGAGUUCAACAACGAGUCGACCGGAAUCAAACGGAGGUUGCGGCGAGCGUUGGCACAGGGUUCAGAGAAAGAUUUUCGCCAAGUCGUGACGGAUUAUAACCACGCGAUAGAACGGUUGAGGCGCAGUGGCAGCAUCGCGAAGAAGUUGGAUUCGACGCAUCGGUUGAAUUUACCUCUUGUGGAGCGCAUUCUCACUCAAAUCUAUUCGCGCACUGUUUCGCCCCGAGUCGAGUCCCUGCGUCAGUACGAGAAUGGAACCGACAACGUCUACGGCGAACUGCUCCCCCGAUUUAUUAGCACGAUUUUCAAGGAGACCGGCCUAAAAUCGGGUCAGGUCUUUGUCGACCUAGGAUCAGGCGUCGGCAACGUCGUCCUACAGGCGGCCUUGGAAAUUGGCUGCGAAAGCUGGGGUUGCGAGAUGAUGCAGAAUGCGUGCGACCUCGCCAAUCUUCAGCAGUCCGAGUUCAAGGCUCGGUGCAGGCUUUGGGGAAUUGCCCCCGGGAAAACGCACCUGGUAUCCGGCGACUUCCUGCGAGAGCAGAGUAUUAUUGACGUCCUCAAGCGUGCGGACGUGAUCUUGAUUAACAACCAAGCAUUUACCCCACAACUCAAUAACGAAUUGAUCAACCACUUUUUGGAUAUGAAAGAGGGAUGCCAGAUCGUGUCGCUCAAGUCAUUCGUCCCGGCCGGUCAUAAGAUCCAAUCCCGGAAUUUGAACUCCCCCAUCAACCUCCUGAAAGUCAAGCAAAGGAACUAUUGGUCCAACAGUGUAAGCUGGACGGAUGUUGGUGGAACCUAUUUCAUCGCCACCAAAGAUAGCUCCAGACUGAAGGCCUUUGUGGAAGAUAUGGGGUGAUGCUCUCGACCACCCUUCCACUCUUCAAGAGCUCUGAAGCUCUUUUUACUCCAUGUCAGACCGGGUUUUGAUAAUCCAGGUCUUUUCUGUACUUACUAGAUGAUCGUUUCUUCCUUUCUUUGACAUUUCUUCCUGAAAUACCACUUUGUUUAGAGAGUGUGGUUAUUUCUUGUACAAACAUGUGGGCAUCACUACUAGGUAUAUAGCAAGCAUAGUUGUUUAGCUCUUCCU